CAAACUUGUUGCCCACUUGCUCAUCAAGCCCGGACGAGAAGAUGCUACAGGUUGCAGCCGCGUCUCCUGACGCAUUACUAGCUCUCCGGCCCACCACGGCCGCCGUCGUCAAUCUCCUCCACCAGCCUCUAAACCUUCCCUCUCCCCGCCUUCGCCACUCCGUCACCUUCCACCGCCACAACAUCAGCACUUCCCACAGCACCCCUAGAAUCGUGGUAUGCCAUGGCAAGUUGGAUGGAUCGUACGGGGCGAAGCCCGAGCCGAUGGAGAUGGGAGAAGCUUUCUUCGAUGGAAUUGGGGCGAUGAUGGAAGGAGGAAUCGACGAGGAUGGCUAUUAUGAUGAUGAUGACGACGACGAGACAGAGAGCAGUAUCGAUUUGUUCCUCAGAUUGAUGCAGAGCUGGUUGAAGAAAAUAUCCAAACGUGCCAAGAGGGCUUCUCGCUCUGUACUGCCCUCUGUUCUCUCCCCGCAACUGGUUUCUUUUGCGGUUGAUGGGGUGCUGGCUUUGUCUGUACUCUUCAUCUUCAAAUCACUUCUUCAGGUGUUUUGCACCCUUGGAACCACCAUCUUUGUUGGAGUCCUGCUCGUACGGGUUGUCUGGGCAGUGGUUUCCUACCUCCAAGCAAAUGGGAACGAUGAUGGAAGAAGCUUCUCUGGUACUACGCGGGCAGCCAUGUAUGAAACAAAAAGGGUUUGUACAGAGCAUGCAUACCAGGAGAGGAAAUCUCUAACAGAAACUUUCCUUCUACAACAGGAAAUUUAGAUAGCUAUAGGACCAGGAGGAUCUCAUCUUAGCAGGUAUUGCAGCAGCAGGAGAAAAGUGAAGUCCAGCUUACAACGAUUCUAUAUAUGUAUGAAGUAAAAGAAUGGGCUUUUCUUCAACGAUCAAACAACUGGAGAGAUCUCUGUUCGGGAUUCCACAGCUUUCAUGUUAUGAUGUCGAAGUAGCUGUAGUGACAACAUAAUGCUCUCUUUAUCUUUUAAACCAGAACUUAGCUGCGUAUAAUGUAACUAACCCUCUGGAGGAUAUAAAGUAUCGUAUUGCUGCUUCUCUUAUUGCCAAUCAAUUGAUCACGAUCUCUCAAAACCGCCACCAAUCUGCAUGUGCAGCCAUUCAGGCGACGCUCCCCGGCUGAAUUCCCUUGUGGUUUGUGAACCAUAACCUAUGCCGGAAGCAUCAAAUGUUUGCUGGCCAUACUGACAUCAAAGAGUAGCAGAAACUGAUCAAGGCUCAGAAAACAGCAAAGAGUGGUGGGCUGUGUACAAUAGCAUAGAAUCACAGAGAAAUGGCAUCCAGAGAAGAAAGGAAUUAAGCAGCCCCUACUAAAUUCUGUACAAGGGAAUUUCAGUACAGACAGAAAAAGAAGGAGCAGAUGCUUACCUCUUUUGAAGGGUAGACAUCCAUCCCUGGAGUCAUUCUGGAAUUAACUGCCUCCAGCUUCAUUGACAGGAACUGCAAGUUUAAGAGAAAGAACUCAGCUUCAUUGACAGUAGUUCAAGGUAACUACAAGGGGAAGUAUAAGUAUUUGUCCUGUUAAUCCUUCUUCAUAACAACGACUUAUACCUCAACUUGACGCUGU